UGAAGUAUAUGCUUAUUUGCACUGCUGGAGCUCGUCCAGUUAGCGAGCUCCUUCGUGAGCUCGAGCUCGAGCUAGACUCGUGUUAAUUGAGCUUGAGCUCACGUCAAUAUACUCAAGCUUGAGCUCGAGCCUAUUUUUUUGAGCUCGCCGAGCUCGAGUAAGGGAGUUCGAGCUCAGAUUUUCGGCUGAGCUUGGCUCGUGUGCAGCCCUACUCUUCUCGUUUCUCAAUUCUCAGGAGUCACGACACUGACCAUCACCAGCCCAAUUUCUUUCUCAUUUCUUUCCCACUCUUGUUUUUUCUUUUUCCCUCCAAUUUCCAAAUGUAAACCUUAAAACCGUAGCCCCAAACCAAAGAUUGCAAGCCCCAAUCCAUCUACCAGCGUUGUCUGCAACGAGUAAGGCGGUUGUUGUUGUGUCGGCCAAGCAAGAAGCUCAAACAGGAUCAUGAAGGAGAUAGUCACCAUCCAAGUUGGAAGCUAUGCAAACUUUGUGGGCUCUCACUUCUGGAAUUUCCAGGAUGAAUUGCUUGGAUUGGCCGACAGCCCUACAGGUGACCAGAUAUUCAGAAGUCACGGUCUUAACAUGGACGUCCUUUAUCGGACCGGUGAAACUCAGCAGGGUAUUCUAACGUACACCCCUCGCUUGGUUUCAGUGGAUUUUCAAGGAUCCCUAGGAUCGGUGAGUACACGUGGAACUUUGUACAAUGAGGUUCCGGAAAGUUCUGUUGAUACUUUAACAUGGACAGGUCCUGUAACAACUCAUACAUCUCAACCUUUAAAGAAGAACUUGUUUUUGCAAAGUUUGUACUUGGAAGAGACUGAAAAUGUCGGUACCUCGAGAGAUUGCGGCAGCAGAAAUGGCGAUUUUUGUCCUGAAGUUCAAGAUAAGGACAUUGUUGAAUGUCUGGAAAAUGAAGUUCAGUAUUGGACAGACUUUUCCAAAGUUCAUUAUCACCCUCAGAGUCUAUAUGAAUUAAGUGGAUUAUGGUGUGAUAUCAAAGAUUUUAACAACUAUGGGAUUGGAAGAGAGGCAUUUUUUGGGGGUCUACAUGCAGAAGAAAUUAAUGAGAGGCUCCGGUUUUUUGUUGAAGAAUGUGACCUUCCUCAGGGAAUUCAAUUUAUUAUUGAUGACUCGGGAGGAUUCUCUGGUGUAGCUGGGGAGUUCUUAGAGAAUAUUGCAGACGAGUACACAAAUAUUCCAGUACUACUAUACUCUGUUCGUAGUCCAUACUCCUCCCUGGAUUCGACCAACCGCAAGCUGACAUUAUCUCGCAAACUUCAUGAUGCAGUUUCAUUCUCAAAGCUAUCAACUUUCUCUAAAUUGAUUGUCCCUAUGGGUUUGCCAUCCCUGAGAACAAGUAGAAUGUCCAAGUAUCUCUGUUUGGAAGAUCAAAAGCCUUACCACAACAGUGCAGUUUAUGCAUCUGCAAUACACUCCAUCAGUCUGCCUUUCAGAAUGCAACCGCUUGGGCCCAGUGCACAAUUGAGCUACACAUGUGGUGCAGUGGAUGUAAAUGAACUUGUACAAAUGCUAGCGGGCCAGGCUCAGCAGAAUAAGGUUAUGGCUUUGGAUAUUGUGAUGCCAGCUCCUGCUUUGUCAGAUAUCCAAUGCCGGCAAUCUUUGUUGGAGAAUUUGCAUCCAUUGACUCCAGAGGUUGCUGAAAAUGUUGAAGACAUGCAUGCUUUGGAGUCCAUGACCAUUCAUGGAGUUUUUGGAUCAGGAUGCAAAAGGGCAUCAGUGUCUGAAGUUAAGGAUGCAGUGCAAACUGCUUAUUCGACUGCAGCAGAAAGACCCAGGUUCUCUCAUCUAUCUGUUGCUCAAUGUCCUCUUCCAAUACCAUUGCCUUUCCCUUCAAUAUUCGGGAACCUUGUUGGUCGACAUGGCGAGCUCUUGGACACUCCAAUUUCAGAGUCUGCAUCAAGAGGGUCACUUGAAGUGCACUCCAUCCCAAUGGCAGCAAGACUCCGUUCUAGCAGUUGCAUUUUGCCGUUUCUGGAGAACAGAUUGGAAAACCUUCGUAAGUUUGGUAUUGCACGAGGGGCCCUAGGAUCAGAGUUACUUGCAAGUUGGGGUUUUGGAAAAGAUGAUGUCGAAGACAUGGGGGAGACACUGUCUAACAUGGUCCGGACACUCAAUCCUGUAUCGGAACUAUCAUCUGAUUCCGAUUGAGUUCAUACUCUAUCGAAACAAAGUCCAUCUCUUGUAUCUCGAGUGAAAUGUGAAACGCAACGACUUCGAUGAACUGGUUGACGAGUACAAUUAUCUCAGUGCUGAUGAGGUAAAUUACAUUAUGAAAAUGAACACCGGGCCAAUCCAGGCUGUUCAGUCUCUUAAGCGACAGAUGGACAAAACAGCAGAAAGAUAAUAUGUAGGUUGCCUUGGAACAGGUCAUAGAAAAUAUAUGACAUGGAACUGUUUUAU